ACCCAUUCCUCCACUUUCAGUGCGCCUCCAACGUGUCUGCUGCAGUUUCGGGGGAGCAACAUGAUUUUUUUUCCUUUUCUUUUCUUUUCAACCCAUUCCUUAAUGCUUCUUCGCGACCUUCUUUGUCCAUCUUUUUUUUUCUUUUAAGAGUUGACUGCAACUAAAGUAUGCUGUGGAAUGCGCCACACGAGAGCUUGGCCAUGCGCGAGGAACGUGCUUUUUGGGUGAGCAUUGACAGAUGGAAGAAGUAAAAAAGACAGCACCCGGAAUGGGUCCCUCCUUGCUGUUAAUUUGGGGAGCUUUACUCCUCAACUUCAGGCUCGUGGACGCCAAGGAGUACGACCCCCGUUCCUCGUCCAACAUGUCGCCGUCCGACUUUCUGGACUCGCUCAUGGGUCGAACAUCUGGCUACGACGCGCGAAUACGACCCAAUUUUAAAGGUCCACCCGUUAACGUUACCUGCAACAUAUUUAUCAACAGCUUCGGUUCUAUAGCUGAAACUACCAUGGAUUACAGAGUGAAUAUCUUCCUGCGGCAGAAGUGGAACGACCCCCGGCUGGCGUACAGCAAAUACCCAGACUCCUCUCUGGACCUGGACCCGUCCAUGUUGGACUCUAUUUGGAAGCCCGAUCUCUUCUUCGCCAAUGAGAAGGGCGCCAACUUCCACGAUGUCACCACGGACAACAAGCUGCUGAGAAUCUUCAAAAAUGGGAACGUCCUCUACAGUAUCAGGUUGACUCUCAUCCUGUCCUGCCCGAUGGAUCUGAAGAACUUCCCUAUGGAUGUCCAGACGUGUACAAUGCAGCUGGAGAGUUUCGGUUAUACCAUGAACGAUCUGAUCUUCGAGUGGCUGGAGAAUGGCGCCGUGCAGGUGUCAGAUGGUCUGACGCUGCCUCAAUUCAUCAUGAGGGAGGAAAAAGAGCUGGGCUAUUGCACCAAGCACUACAACACGGGCAAAUUCACCUGCAUUGAGGUGAAAUUCCAUCUGGAACGUCAGAUGGGCUACUACCUGAUCCAGAUGUACAUCCCCUCCCUCCUCAUUGUCAUCCUCUCAUGGGUGUCCUUCUGGAUCAACAUGGAUGCCGCCCCCGCCCGAGUGGCACUUGGUAUUACCACUGUGCUCACCAUGACCACGCAAAGUUCCGGCUCCAGAGCGUCUCUUCCAAAGGUCUCCUAUGUGAAAGCCAUUGAUAUCUGGAUGGCGGUGUGUCUGCUCUUUGUAUUUGCGGCAUUGCUCGAAUACGCUGGGGUUAAUUUCGUCUCCAGGCAACAGAAGGAGUUUCUCCGCUUGAGGCGAAGACAAAGAAAGAAUCACAAGGAUGAAGACAUGCGUGACGGACGUUUUAAUUUUGCUGGCUACAAUAUGAACCAGUGUCUGCCAAGCAAGGACGGCUCAGCUGUUAAGAAUGCCGCCCCGGCCGCCGCGAACCCUCAGCCCUCUGUCCCCAAAGACACGGAAAACAUGAAAAAGAAGUUUGUGGACCGAGCCAAGCGGAUAGACACGAUCUCUCGAGCUGCUUUUCCUCUCGCCUUCCUCAUAUUCAACGUCUUUUACUGGAUCACCUACAAGAUAAUCAGGCACGAGGACAUCGACACAAAGUAGAAACUCGCUAUCUGGUUUGUUUCGCAGACUUGAGAUAAGAUUGUUGAGGAGCAAUGCCAAGUGAUGUUCUUUCAGGGAUGUUUGUGAAUCUAACGGGAAUGUUCAGGUUGUAGUAUGGGGGGGGGGCACUGAAGAUUUAGUAGCAUUCCGGUUACGGUGGACCAAAUCUUUUUCUAACCCAUCUUUGCCUUGAGGUCUGUACAAUUACGGAAACAAAGAUGCUAUUUGUAAUCGGGGGGUAGCUUAGUUUGAGCCUCUGAGACUUCUCCAGGUUGCCACGGGAGGAACUUCUUAUCAAAAGGAUUUGUUUUAUAUUACUAUCACAACACUUCCUUUAAAGACAAUAUACUGUAAAGCAAUCAAGGUAGAAGAAGAUUGAAGAAGCAAAAGCACAUGAUGGCAUCUUGUGCGUUUGGAAUAAUUCAAGGGUCUCCUGAAUAAAAGGGGUAGGAAAAAAAAAAUCCCUACCAAGAAGAGAGUUCUUCUUUGGGAUGUGACGAUUCUCUAUUGAUCAAUCAGCCGACCACCACUGAACCGCAGUGGUGAGCUUAACUUCUACCAAUGAAAAAAGAAAAAAAAAAAAUACGAUAGUGUUUGGUGAUAAUGGGAU